GCAGGGGGAGGGAGGUGUGCAACAAUUUCCUGUAGUUGCAUGCUGAUCUGAGUCUUUCAACCUUCCCUUCUGAGUUUGUUUGUGACAGAGAGAAGCACAGACGAAGCUGAGCGGAACAGGAUGCAGGCGAUCAAAUGUGUGGUCGUAGGAGAUGGAGCUGUGGGUAAAACAUGUCUUCUCAUCAGCUAUACAACCAAUGCAUUCCCUGGGGAAUACAUUCCUACUGUCUUUGACAACUACUCGGCUAAUGUGAUGGUGGACAGCAAGCCAGUAAACUUGGGCCUCUGGGAUACAGCAGGACAGGAAGAUUAUGACAGGCUCCGCCCGCUGUCCUAUCCACAAACGGAUGUCUUCCUAAUCUGCUUUUCCCUGGUGAGCCCAGCGUCCUAUGAGAACGUCAGAGCCAAGUGGUACCCAGAGGUUCGUCACCACUGCCCAUCCACACCCAUCAUCUUGGUGGGCACCAAGCUGGAUCUGAGAGAUGAGAAGGACACCAUUGAGAAGCUGAAGGAAAAGAAACUGGCGCCUAUCACUUAUCCACAAGGUCUUGCUCUGGCUAAAGAGAUAGACGCUGUAAAGUACCUGGAGUGCUCAGCCUUGACUCAGCGUGGCUUGAAAACUGUGUUCGAUGAGGCCAUCCGGGCUGUGCUCUGCCCUCAGCCUGCCAAGGUCAAGAAGAAGCCCUGCUCACUGCUGUAAAAGGACCAGAGAAGAGCAACGGCAGACGUUCGGACCAUUGACUCUGCCUUAAAAGAAGAUUUCAAAGUUCUUUGAUGAAAGUUCCUUAUAAAUAUCCACAGUUGUGAAAAAAAAACAAAAAACAUAAAAAAAACACCUCGACAGUUAUGGUUAAAUAGUAGCAAACAUCUAGCCGCAGCCUUCUAAUACUGAGCAAUACAGACUCUGCAAGAGAUUUAACUUUUCUGUAACUGUCCCAGGUUUGCACACCGUACUAUCACCCUAAGAGCUUUUGAGAUGCGUGUUUACUGUUUUGUGUUUCUAUUUUACAAUAUAAAAAAAGUUUUGCAACAUAUCACAGUAACAAUUAUUCUUACUAUCAAACAGUGUUUUCAUAUGUAUCCUUGGUGUGAAAUUUAGAAGCUUAAUAUAAUCGCAUUGAUAAGAAACCUAUUGUUUGGAAGUGUUGGAAUAAACAGAAUAAACUUA